CAUCCCAGAGUGAUCUACGUAUUGAAUGUGACCAAAGAGGUGGUUGUACCCUGCCGGGUCACCGCACCGGAUAUCAAACCCAAGCUUCUACAGCAUCCUUCUUCUUCGGAGUUCAAGUAUGAGAGGAUGGUGUGGAACCCCAAAAGAGGAUUUGUCAUCCCCUCUCCUUCUUUCCACUUCUUCAAAGGCAUGCUCAUGUGUAGCACCAAUGUAAACGGAAUUACCUCCAAAUCCUACUACAUGCUACAGAAAGUGGAGACUAGAAUACAAAACCUGGAUCUGAAAGCAAAUCCCAAAAAGCUGCUAGUUGGAGAGACCCUCAACCUGGAAUGCAGCGCAGAGACCUUUUACAAUGGACGGAUUGGAUUGAAAUGGCAGUAUCCCAAGGGGAGAAAUCAUAAGCCUACAGCAGGUCUUACCCGAAAUAAUGACACGAAUAAAGUUUUCAGUUAUGUCACUAUCCAGAAUGUUACCAUGAAAGACAGUGGCUUGUAUAUAUGCAAUGCAACAGGACUGGAGACCAACACUACAAUCACAGUAUACAGCAAACCUUUCCUGCGAGUUUCCUAUAAGAAAGGACCCUACUAUGAGGGGGUAGAAGGACAAAAGUUACUGAAACUAGCUGUGAAGGUGGAUGCUUUUCCCCGCCCCAAUGUUACCUGGUAUAAAGAUGGCAAGCCAAUCAUGGAGAACCAGACUUGCUACGAGCCAGAUCUACAGAAGUACAAGCUGAGCAUAAGGGACUUGAGACCAAAGCAUGCAGGGAACUACACCAUAGUCCUGAGCAACACUAAACAUGGCCUAUAUGAGAACCUCACCAUCCAGCUCGUAGUGACAGAGAGACCCAAAAUCUACGAGAAGGAGACGGAUUUUGACAAGGUUGUGCAAGUGAACCUUGGAAGCAAACACAGUCUUGAGUGCACUGUGAGUGCGAUUCCUGACCCCAAGAUCACAUGGGAAUGGGAGCCAUGCACCCCUGCAGAGACGCUGGAAGUGCACAUCCCUGGGACUCGCUUUUCCAGCUGCAGACAAGGUAGGCAAAGAAUUGUCAUUCAGCAAAACAUCAGUGGGGCAGGCAUGUCCACAGGCAACAAAAUCGAGAGCAUCGAGGAAAAAAAAUAUGAAGAUAAAAAAAAGAUGAUAAGCAAGCUGACUAUAGAACAUAGCAAUACAUCAGGGAUUUAUUACUGUGUGGCUUCAAACAAGAUUGGCAAAGAGGAGAGAAGCAUCAAGUUCUAUGUCUCAGAUGUGCCAUUUGGUCUGCAGACAGACCCACAGAUCACCGCCAUCGUGGGGAGCGAUGUUCAGCUAACCUGCAGAGCGUCCAGAUACAUUUACAAUCACCUAGCGUGGUACUACCCCUCCUCACAGGUGGCGCCCGGUGACUUCCUGAAGGAACAAUUGGACAGAUACUCCAUUUCCUUGACACUGACCAUUAGUAAUGUCACAAAGGAACACUCAGGGCUUUACAAGUGUGAAGCUCAGAAUUGGCACAACAGUACAGAUGUCCUAGAACAGCAUGCCCAGCUUGACAUUAAAGCAAAGGAAGUGCCCUAUAUUGUGCAGAACCUCACAGAUCGAGAGGUGAACAUCAGUGGCAAGAUCAUUCUGGAGUGCAAAGUAAAUGGAACCCCACUACCUCAUAUUGUGUGGCGGAAAAAUGGCUAUCCCAUUUUACCUGCUUCAGGAAUUUCCAUGGAAAAUAACACCCUGGUCAUCGAACGAGUGAAAAAAGAUGAUGAAGGCCUCUAUGAGUGUGUGGCUUCCAAUGAAAUGGGCCACGACAGCACAUCAGCAUUUAUUAAAAUACAAGGCUCUGAAGAAAAAUCCAACAUUGAAGUUAUCAUUUUGGUGUGCACUGGCUUAGCAGCUACCCUUUUCUGGCUUCUUCUGACCCUUUUCAUUCGGAAACUGAGAAAACCUGAUGCCACAGAUAUUAAAACGGGAUACCUGUCAAUCAUAAUGGAUCCAGAGGAAAUGCCCCUUGAUGAGCAGUGUGACCGUCUGCCAUACGACAGUAGUAAAUGGGAGUUCCCAAGAGACAGGCUGCGGCUUGGUAAAACACUGGGUCAUGGUGCUUUUGGGAAGGUCGUGGAGGCGUCUGCGUUUGGUAUUGAUAAAUCUUCAACCUGCAAAACGGUCGCCGUUAAAAUGCUCAAAGAAUGUGCAACUACAAAUGAGUGCAAGGCUUUAAUGUCAGAGCUGAAGAUCCUCAUCCACAUAGGACACCAUCUGAACGUGGUCAACCUGCUGGGAGCCUGCACCAAAGCUGGAGGUCCAUUGAUGGUUAUUGUAGAAUAUUGCAAAUAUGGCAAUCUGUCUAAUUACCUGAGAGGAAAACGAGGAGACUUUAUUGCAUAUAAGUCCCAGGAGAACUCUGACCAGGCAGAGAAAAGUCUGGAUGAAUCCAACAGUGAUUUAACAGAGCUGAUCAAGAGGCGCCUUGAGAGUGUGGCCAGCACCGGCAGCUCAGCCAGCUCAGGAUUCAUUGAGGAUAAGAGUUACAGUGACUCGGAAGAUGAAGAAGAAGAUGGUGAGGAUCUGCAAAAGCGACCCCUGACCUUGGAAGAUCUGAUUUGCUAUAGCUUCCAGGUGGCAAAAGGCAUGGAGUUCCUCGCCUCCAGAAAAUGUAUUCAUCGGGAUUUGGCAGCAAGGAACAUCCUUCUGUCAGAAAACAACGUGGUUAAGAUCUGUGACUUUGGACUGGCUAGGGAUAUUUACAAAGAUCCUGACUAUGUACGGAAAGGAGAUGCAAGACUUCCACUUAAAUGGAUGGCUCCAGAGGCUAUUUUUGAUAAAAUUUAUACUACGCAGAGUGACGUGUGGUCUUUUGGAGUGUUACUAUGGGAAAUAUUUUCUCUGGGUGCCUCACCAUACCCGGGAGUGCAAAUUGAUGAGGACUUUUGCCGCCGCCUCAAAGAAGGCACACGGAUGAGAUCACCAGAAUAUUCCACUCCAGAAAUCUACCAGACUAUGCUGGAUUGUUGGCAUAGCAUUGCUACGGAGAGGCCCACCUUCACAGAGCUGGUUGAGCGCUUAGGAGACCUCCUCCAGGCAAACGUGCAACAGGAUGGUAAAGAUUAUAUUCCUCUGAACAUCACAUUAUGCCCUGAUGGAGAAUCUAAUCCAAAGACCUGCCCAGUGGAAGAAAACUUGAAUAAGUGCAUUAAUCGCUGGAGUGCAUUGGGAAUGGGUAAUAACAGUAAGAAGCGACCACUGAGUGUGAAGACAUUUGAUGAGGUGCCCGUGGAGAGGCAGAAAGUGAUGAAUGAGGAGAGUGAGUCGGACAGCGGAAUGGUGCUGACAUCUGAUGAGAUGAAAAGCCUGAAGAGACUGGAAAUCCGCUCCUGGCCUUAUGGGAUUAUGGCUCUCGCGCACAGAGCCAUCACCAAAAGCAAAGAAUCCAUGUUAUCAGAACAUGAACGUGAGACUGCGAAAUACCAGCCAGCAGUACAGAUUGAUGAGGACACCCUGGACUUCACACUGGAAGACUCAGUCCUCCUGCCCAUGGAUCCAAACCUGGAAUGCCACAGCCCGCCUCCCGACUACAACUCUGUUAUCCACUACUCUGCCCCUCCAGUGUAAUGAGUCAAGUUUGAUCUUUGCACCUCUUUCAACCAGCCUGGAUUCUCACAUGCCUCCAUAUUUGUAAAGGCUGUUUAAAAGGACUAGGGUAAAAAGAGAAGGGGAAACUGACAGUGUCCAUGAUAUGAAUGGAAACCCUUAAAGAGCAAUGACCUUAAGGGAAUAUUCCACUUCUAGUUAAUGUACCAGAAUCAAAAAUGGGAGCUGCACCCCCAAAGUGCCCUCACUCCUUACCCUCCCUGCCCUCCGGGAGAGCUCAGUGGCAAUUGCAGAUGUUCAAAGUAUUUUAGUCCCUUUUGGCUCAUUCCAUACAAGAGUCACGGAAAGUCAAAUCAAAUCAGGUCUGAAAACAGUAUUGAUUCUGCUUGCCCAAUGUAGACUCUACAAGGAUUAUACAUGCAGAUGCUGUCAGGGGAUCAGUUAAGAACUGCGCCCCCAAACACUCAUAUGUGGAUUUCAAAACCAAGCAUUAUUUUAAAAACACGGGGCUCCCAUUGUCUCUCCCAAAAUGUCUUUGGAAUAUCCAAAUAAUUUUGCUUAUGGUGUUUGUACAUCUUCUGGGAUCUGUCCUUAAAACCGUGCACCAUACACAGAGCAUGGGUACUCAGAGUACCUGUAAAGAGCCUGGACUUGGCUGCAUUCUGAGCACAUUGCACAGCUCACCUAUUUCCCCAGGUUUUUCCUGUGUGGGAGCAAGAGUUUAUGUUAGUGCAUUCUUUUAUAAUGAUUGUAUAGUACCAUGAGACUUUGGAUAGGGACAUCAUACAUUUAGCUACAUAAAUUUUCCCAUGGGCAUAUGCCACUGGAACACCAACAAUUUAACACAAUGUUUCUGCUUAACUUCCAGACACAUAUCUUUAUAGAAAGCACUUUCCAUAAAUUCCACUGACAGUUUGAUCUUUGGAAUACCACCCACAUUAGGAGCAAUCUGAUAUUUAGGGUUGUAUUGCUGGAGCCCAUGUAGCCUGACCACCACCUUACUUCUCUGGGAUGUAAUGUCCUAAGCAUGUAAAUUGAAGCUUUUUGCAGUGUGUUUAUCCAGGCUUAGCACAUAGAUGAGAAAUUCAAAGUGACUUCCCCCUCAGCCCUACGUGCUAUGUGCAGCAGGGGGAUUGUUGAUUGCCAGCAUGUAUACCCAUGUCCUCCUUGCAGCAACCUCACAAAUAAGCAAGUAAUCUUUGUCAUUGAAUGCAUUGUGAAGUAAUUUUAGCUGACAUUAGAAAUCUAGGAAUGAGUAAAGCAGCUAGGAUCACAAGUCUAAAGCAGGGCUGAGGAAGAUGCACAUUGACAGUCAAGCCUGUAACCUCUUAAAUUAUAACCUGGGAAAAGGAGCUUUAUAUUAAUUUGCUCCCUGGGGAUUUUUCCCAAGGCUUAGGAAACCCAUUCAUUCCCUCCCCUAGGUCUGGCACUAGCAAUUACCUCUUUCCUUCAGAUGACAUGGUCUUUUUAUAUUAUCACAAUAACCAAAAGAAGAAAAGGCACCUGGCAGACAAUGUGAUCAUCUCUCCCUAAAUCCUUCAGCAUAAUGAAAACAGACCAAAUGCUUUCAGAAGAUUAGAAUCAUUUUCAAAUUACUAGGUAGACCUGAUAACAUUGAAAUAAACAUGAAAGAAGACUCAGGUAUUAUCAGAGGGGAAAACAAACAACAAUCCCAAGUCCAGGACCCUCUUAGCUGUGAAUGGUAAAACAUUUGAAAUGGGGGAAUCCUCAGAUUGCCAUCCUGGUUCUCUGUAAUUCCAGAAUUAGUCUAGAAAAAACAUAUAAACUCCCAUUUUUAAAAAAGAGAUCUGCAGUAUUCACAAGGAUAUGUCUCUAGUAAGAUCCUUGUUCCUAGUUGACCUGCUGGGAAGUUGUCAUUUGUGUACCUCUUUGUAUUGUAGUGACUAUGUAUUAACUGCAGGGGGUCAAAUAAUGAGAGAAACCUAAAGGGGAAUAAUUACUCAAAAGAGUGACAAAUUGCUCUUUAGACCAGUUGUUCAAUGAAUAUUAAAUUGACUAUCUACAAAGCUGAUCCAAUAAUAAAGCACUUGGUUUGCUGAUAAUUUAUUCACAAGACAAAUGGAAGAAAUGUCUCCAAUAUAUAACUCUUCUGGGUCUAGCAUUAACAGUAUCAAUGCAAGACAAUUUUUGCAGUUAUAUUUUGCUCUUAAGCUUGUGAAAAUUACACUGUGUAAAAAAACUUUUGCUUGCAAAACCUAAAUAUAAGGAGGCCUAGUGAAAAAAAAUAACAGUUGCAAAUAUAUAAAUGUGCUCUCCAUUUUUUAAAUAAAAUUGGGAACACUGCUGUGCUAAUUAGCUGCUUCCAAGAAAACUCAGCAUCUUUUCCCUUCUCUUUCUUCAGAACACAAUUUGCAGAGGCUUUUAUGAAACCAAAGCAAUGCAGGGGUUGUGCUCUAAGUGGAACCAAGGGAGUGCUUUUAUUUAAGGGGAAACUACAUCUUGGGAAUCUUAUUACGGCUUUUAGCCAACAUUCAUCAUAGUUGUUUUUGUCACAUGAGAACACAGAAAUGCAGGCCUGUGCACUCUCCAUGAGAUCUGCAAAAUUAUACCCAUAUUAAAUCGCUGGUUCCAUAGAUGGACCUCUAAAACUUGAGGACCUCUCUGUGAUUCAAGGAUCAGGAAAUAUCUUGGGCUAGCCAUGCCUGAUGUCCCAUCUAUCAGAACGAGGACAGCAACCUUUUAAUCCCUGGCUGUGGGGGGGGAGGGGGAUUGGUUCUUUUAUACCAGCCUCAAAGCAUUUACAAAGUGUCCUGAAGAAAACUACAAAUGGCCAAGGUUUGGACAAAUGUGUUUCCAACUUUUGUUUGAGUGGAAAUUUGUUUUCUUUUUCAUGGUAAAUGCAGUCAGCUGAAAUAUUACCUGAUAAGUAUUAUUCAUGUAUGUGUCUUGUAUUUUAUUUACUAAUAUUUUGUUUGUCCUUUCCUCUCCUCCCUUAAUUUAAUUAUUGGUCUUUCCUUACAUUGAUGUAUAUAGUUUACCCAGUAGAGGCAAAUAUAACAAUUCCUUUAUAUGAUAUGUUUGUAACGUUUUAGUUGAGAGAGACGGAGAUACCCUGACGUAACAAAGUUAAAGUAUCUUUAUUAAACAUUUCACUAAUGCUUGCGGGCCAGGCUCGGUUUACAGUACCCUCCCAUUUCCAGUUCACAAUGACUCUCCUUUUGGAUGUUAGCAUAUUUGGCUCUCAUUUAUUCCCUUUGUUACGUAGCUUCAGUUAGAAAACAGGGACUAAGAGGAAUCUGUUGGACUUGUAAUUUUGCAGCAGGUGUCAGCCAUGCAGUUCAAGGUAAAAGGGAGAGAUUUUCAUGAGUUCUAGUCUAACUGAAGGCUGAUCUACUGGCUGGAGGGAAAGGAGAGGCCAAAUUGCUAAGUGAUGUAAUGUUUGAUUUUUCAGACUUCUCAGGGAUUCCCAUUUCACUCCAGAGGGCAGUAGACCACCUGCCUUUCUAAUCUGAUUCAAUGUAAUCAUAACUGUUAUUAAGCAGUGCAAACCUGUUGAGCUUUUUAUGGUGUUUCCUCCUUCUGUUUUUCCCUAGUGACCCAAAAUCUCAGGCAAAAGGGGGCUCUCAGAGGCAAGAAUCUCCUUUGAUAAACUCUGGGGCCAGAUAAGAGGCCAAGAAUAAGGUACCUCAUUAGGGGCCACACCUAUCUGAUUAUUCUGGUGUUUCAUGACAUCUAUGUUCCCUGGUUCCCCCUUUUCCUCACUCUCCAUGAUCUGAAGUUUCCUUAAUUCCAUGGAAACUUCGGAUCAUGUAUAGCCUUCCUCCUGGCUUCUCCCAAUAGCUUCUUCUCUGGCUUUUGACUAAGAGCAAAUGUACCACAGAUUUCCUGAGUAUCCUGUUGCAGUCUGACUAGAUCAUUUAACAGGUCUUUUUUUCUACCUUUAACUUUAAACCUUUUCCCAUCGUAAGUCUCCUACACUGGGUAGAGUUGGGGACUGUGGCUUUUUUUAUCUAUAACAGGAAUGGCCCUCCCUGAACAAAAUAUGUUUCUUCUCUUCUACGUACUUAAACGUCCAGCUUCUCAAGCAAGAUGAAGUGGUGGAUUCCUAGGUGAAGUCUGUCUGUCUCCCUUGCCUCCUUCAGUUUGAUCACCCUUUGCCUCUUUCACUUCAUCUUAACCAGAUGGAAAGCUCAAACUCUGACUCUGGCCCCACACCCUUGAGUGCUAGGACACCUCCAAUCAAAAUGGAAAUCUCCUUCCACUGCAAUAGGCUCAAAUGAGAACAUUACAUCUAGACCCCUGCUAAAUGUGGAUCCAUAUUGAGACCCAAAGCUAAAUGUCUCCAAAGGUCACAGUUUGGAUUUCCCUCUCCUGUGAGCACUGCUCUCUCCGCCACUCUCCUGGGGAGCUGUCUCGAGUCCUUCAAAGGCCCUGGCAUGUUUAUCCCUUCUCCUCUGCCCCCUCUGUAUUGUGGAGCAUGUUCGCUGGCACUUUGCCAUGUAAUGAGGUAGUCAAAAGCUUAAAACAUAAAACUUUUCGAUGACCUUUCAUCUUCAGCAGUGGCACUGUCUUGUCACAUCCCAUCUUACCUGGGAAGUGUUAUCUGCUUUUAAUACAAUUACCUGGGUGUGGUCUUGAUUAAUGAUUUUUAGCUCCCAACCUCCAGUUGAGUAAUACCAGGAAUAAAAUGCCUUUUAGGAGACAUCAUCAGCCACAUGUCCAUAACAAGACAGGAUGCUACAAGACAUCCCCAAGCACAGGAUCUGUAGAAGAUUAUGCAAUUCUGAGCUCAAACAUAGGGCCUUCUUCUUAAAAAUAAUUGGCAGGAGAGAAUAGGAAGGGAAGUAUGAAUUUCCCUUGUCUAACUUCAGCUCUGCUUUUUUUGUUCCAAGUGUUGUUUCCCUAUUGUGUAAAAGGAAAAAAAGCCCCAAUUCCUGGCUGGAAUGUAAGAGCUCACUGGGAUGCCAACCAAAUAUGAGGCCUUAAAAGAUACGGUUACUCAGGAAGACUAGCAUGGAAUGCAGGCAGCAGAGUGUCUUUGCCUGCCUGAUAAUCCUGUUUCAUGAGAGUCAGCCCAGCCUUAUUAUUCCAUUCAUUUUUCCUUAUACCUUGAGCUGUCAAAGCUGUUAAUGAAAGCUAGGGAAGCCCAAUAACUGGUGGAGUUAAGGAAAAUAAACUAAGCAAGUGCCCUGGUAUUACUCAAAUCACUAUGGAAUGUAUGGGUUUCUCUGUCCCUGUCUGGCUGAAGAAUGUAUGCACUGAAAACUCCUCUUUCUUAUGUAGUCAAAAAUUGUAUUGUAUCUAUUAAUCAAAAUAAAAUAAAAUAAAAUGAUUCUAUAUU